UUUAUUUUUUAUUCGCAUCGUGACUCCAAAUCGAAAAUCAUUUUAAAGUUUAAUCUUAUCGUUGUGUUUGGCUUACACGCAUAUAGUGUUGCUAGAAUUUGUAGUCGUCGUCUAAUUAUUUAUCGGUUUCUUACCAUCUUAUAUCGCCCUGUACCGAAAAUCCACUGUGAUACCGACCGUCCAUAGAACAACAACAACAGAAAAAAGUAACAAAUAACAAUAACUGUGAUAUACAGCGAUCGGCAUAUCAUCAUCAUGAGAUUACUCGCAAUCCUCACGCUGUUUGGGGCGGCGGCGGUGACGUUGGUGAGCUGCGUCACCAGGUACAAACUGUCCACCAAGGACAACCCGCAGAAAAAACCAAUCGGCCAAGUCAACCCAGUCGGCGAGGUCAGUGAGGGCUACGUGGAUGUGACGUUUACGCAGCAGAAGUGUUUGAGCGGAAAAUUCGAGUCCGUGCCUGUCAAGCUGGUAGGUGUGGGAAACGAGAGUGGCUUACCGCACAAGGAUUUCAAUAGUUUCACCUUUCACGCGAUUCAACAAAAUGGAUGGGGUAAAGGGUGCGAGAGAGGCCACCUGGUAGCUUCCACUUUGGGCGGUCCAAAUGACGACAGUUGGAACAUGGUGCUGCAACACAUGAGCGUGAACCGAAAGAUAGCCAAUAUAAGCAACAUAUUUGCCCGGUGGGACGAGUUCGAGAAGUAUGUAAUCAAGCAUAUCGAAGACCCGUAUAAUAGCACCAUUAUAUCGGUACAUUUUACAAUCGAUGUAAAUUACGAGAACGACAAAGGCUGUCGAGAGGUUGACGCCAAGUCCAACAACAUUUCCGACACGGGCUUCUGGGGCAAAUUUUUUAACAACCCGGGCGGCAAUUUUGGUGUAGUCGCGCAGACGAAGGCCCAAAGGGAAGAAAUGGAACGCAAGAAACCGAGACUAUAGCGCAGCCAAGCAGAUUAAUGACAGUUCCGCGAUGCAGUAACAGAAUAACUACUUUAUUUUAAUACUGUCUAACGCCGAUAACUUUAUCUUUUAAUUGAAGCGUAAAUUCUUCACAUUUAUAAUUUUAUAGCGUUUUAUAAUUAACAAACAUAUUUUUACUAUAAA